CGAUUAAAAUCAUCAAAAAUAUGAGCAGCUAUAAAGUUCACUACUUCAAUUACCGAGCUCGUGCUGAAGUAAUUCGGUUUUUAUUGAGCUAUGGUGGAGUUAAUUUUGAUGAUAUCCGAUUUGAGGAAGAUGUUUGGCCGAAAAUUAAGCCAACAAUGCCAUUCGGCAAAGUUCCAGUCCUCGAAGUUGAUGGAGAAAAGUAUUCACAUACAAUUGCCAUUUGCAACUUCUUGGGAGAAAAAUUCAAUCUCGCUGGAUCUAAUGAAAUUGAGAAAAUGCAAAUCCAAACUGCCGCAUUAUUCAUUUAUGACUUAAUUGGAAUAACUGAAGAUGUCUCAUAUGGCUAUAAAGAUUCCUUCGGCGAAGAAAAUUAUCAGAAAGAACUUAACAAGCUCAUUAGUGAAACUAUACCUGCAAGUUUGGAGCGAUUCGAUGACAUUGUAGCAAAAAAUAAUGGAUAUUUUAUAAAUGGCAAACUAUCUUGGGUUGAUUUAUACUUUACAUCAGUUGCUGACUACUUUCAAGGAUUAUUCGACUGGGCUGAGAUUAAACUUGAUGGAAAUUUUGUUGACAAACAUAAAAAUUUAAAGAAUUUAAGAGACAAAGUAUUAGCGAUUGAAAGUAUUAAGAAUUGGGUUGGAAAGAGACCAGUCACUAUUGUAUAAAUGAUAAAUUUGAAUUUGUUUAUUUUUUAUUUAACAAUUUUAUUUUUCAAGAAUGCAUUGUUAGAUCCUAUUUUAAAAAAUUAUAUAAAUUGUUUUAUUAUGAAAUGACAAAAAAUAUGUGCCAAAUAAGAAAAAGAAAAUAAAUUUUAAAAAGAUUAAAAAAGUAAAUUUAAACAUGUUGUUCCUUUUAAAACUGAAAAUUGACGGCAUUCUUGCCAAUUCUAUUUCUAAAUUUAACAUAAAGUGAAUACAAAACAGUAAAAGAGCAAAAUGCAAUCAAAAAGGAAAAAUCAGUUGAACAGUCAUGUCUAUUAUUCUUAAUUGUGUAAAGGUUUUUAUGCCGAUCUUAACAGUAAUUAAGUUAAUACUGUUCAGAAUGGCUUUUCCUUUGAAGUAGAAUGAGAAUAAUAAAAUUAAAUUAAAUAAUAAAUAAUAAUAAAGAUCAAGUGCUUCAAUCAAAGAG